AUGCUCCUGGUCCUGCCGGCGCUGCUCAUGCAAACCCCGCUGCCUCAACAAUCCGACGCUGCUCCGACGCUCGGGUUCUGGAAAGAUAAGGCCAGGAUAGACAGACUGACAGCUAACAUCAACUCAGGCAACUUGCCGAUGCAGCUCGCAAGCAAUGGCAUGACUGGCUACGGGACGCACCUGAUGAUAGAAACGGCAAAUGAUGCCCAGCGCAAGGCUAGUGUUGCUCAGGCAGAAGUAGAGGACGCCCGUGCUUCUCUUGCCUCGACGGCGCCUACAACAACAUCUUCUUCCUCUUCUUCCUCGUCAUCAGGAAUAGCGGCUCAAUCCACGUCUUCCGCAUUGCCAGUGCGCAGACGCAUGAAAAGCAGACCGGCCAGUGUGGCAAAAGUUCCUGCAGGUGGAGCCUCAAGGGCCGCGGCCGCUCCAGUCAGGGGUGCUACGUCAGGGACCGCAACGUCAGGGAUUGCUACGCCGAGCGCUACGCCAGGUACCUCUACGCCAGGGGCCGCUUCAAGCGGGGCCACUACGUCAGGUGCCGCGACGGGGGACAGCUCUACAAACGAACUCUCUUUGGGCGGCGGCUCGCCGGGCGCGAGACCGAUUGCUCACUCGGGGGACAACGUCUCGCAACCGAACGGCCCUCGCCCCCAAGGGCAUCAUCCUCUUGCUGCGCCCGCAGAUCAGCCAGCUCAGCAACCACAGCCUCACAAUAUCAACUUUGACAGGCCAUUCGGACCACGUCCAGUCAGUCCACACGCUGUCACAGAUUCUGACAAUUCUCCCUCGGAGCAUACAGGGAGCCAAGCGCUGGGAGAUACUACCGCCGAGACCCACCCAGCGGAGCCAGCGGAGAGCUCAGUAGACCCGACUCUCGGCACAAGCAAAGCAAACCUUGCUAACGCUCUUGGAACCAUGGCAAACAGCUUCAUCAACAUUGGAGUCGUCGCGCCUAACACAUGGUCUGGACAUGAGGCCAAAAUGGCUCGUGAGAAGCAAAAUGCGGCUGAUGCCGCGUCUUCUUCGAUUGCAUCCGCAUCCUCUUCCAAGAGCGCAGCCAUGACCUCAUCCACGAGCCUUUCCAGUACGUCCCAUGCUGCCGGGCCAACGUCGGUGCCCUGAGUAGGGGCCAGACUCCCCCCGGCCUGGCCUCGUUGCUCGCCACAUUUCCUCCAUCCUCUCUUCUGCUCCCUAUCCUCUCGCGCGCCUUGCUCGCCCCUCUCGUCACUCACAGCUGGUCUGGAGUGAUGGGCCGCGGUGUGACCAAGUGCGAUGGACGAUCCCUCUCUUCCUGUUCUCUCUUACUGCGUGCCCGUGGACUGGAAUGAAUCAUAUCUGUGCCUGA